AUGUUGAGAAAUUUCCUGGGAAUUGCCUACAUCGAGAUCAGAGCAGAUGCCGCACGCUAUGGCGAACGAGUUUUCACGGAAGCAGCUGGACCAAUCUUUCGCACACUACAACAUUAUGGAGGAGUAGAAUUUUUUUGUUUUUCCAUACUUACGAACAGUAACAACUUCGAAAAGAUGACCACCUGGCUUCAUGUUCCACCAUGAUCCAUAACGGUCACACUGUUCAUUUCCACUAUAGCACCUCUUUUCUUUUUCCUUGUUUACGUACUCCACUUCAACCGUCUGGUAUUAAUAUUAUACAACAUGAUAUUAGUGAGUUGUUCUCCAAUGAUGUAGAAGUUGUAGUUGUUUUACUAAAACACGUCGGAACUGAAUGGAUGCUUCGCUUUCAUCUCAUUCUUUCAUAUCAAACUGCCACAAGUAAUCUUUUGCUGGAAGCAGAGUGAUACCGUAGCUAGUCUCGUAGCCCUUCUACCCCGAACGCUCCGACGCCGAUUUCGCUGGUUAUGAAACUGGACUUGCAAAUUAAUUUGACAUUUUUUCAUGUCGUCACCUCCCGACAGUACUCUCGCUAAAUGUAUAAAAACAACAACAGACUUCGACUUGGUGUUAUUUACAGCACAUCGAGUUGUAUUUCCUUCCAUCUACUUCGUUCUCGUAGUUGAGUGGACGAUACAACUAGGGCAUUGCCCUCGUCCUCCAUUUAAGAUUAUUGAUAAGAUGAUAAUUCUAGUGGAUCAAGUGUUCCCAUGUUCAUACCCCUCGCCGUUUUGUGACUUCAGUUUCCGCGAAGUGAAGGACAUUUGUCUCGGACGAUCGCCCGAUAUCGAAAUGAAGCAUUGUUAUUUUUUCCCUGACGCGAUUCUCUUCCUCCUCUGCCAAUACGUGCAGUUCUGCUAUUGCGACGACUCAAAUUGGGAAGCUUUUUUAUGAAGCUAGCACAUGCAUAUGCAUAAUUAAGCCGACCUCUUCUUGCCAACUCGAUUGACUGAUGUGCCUUAUGAAGCUAGCACACCUUGCAACCACGAUCCACAAGGGUUGAUCUCAUGAGGAGACAUGAAAAAAGUGCAAAGAAGGAAAAAAAAGGAGAAGAAAAAUGCGCAAUACAUAGCUACCCAAUUAACCCGACCUCUUGCCAGGCACAUCAAUCAAUCAACCAAUCAAUCGCACAUGCAUGAUUAACCCGACCUCUUGCCAGGCGCAACCAUCAAUCAAGUUGGCAAUGUAAUCUUAGAUGAUUAUUAUGCUUAACCAUCAUGGUGGUCCAUGACGGACACAGAGACAGACACAUACAUGAAGGCACUAUGUAUACUAACAACUGUUCUAGUCGAGCCGCUCUAGCUCCACUAGUACAUUGCGAAUCAAGAGUACCAAGAGGAGAAUUUUAUUUAUUCGCUUCCUACACGUCGUACACCUGCACUUCGUCGUUCUCGUCUUCACGACCUCAUGCAUUCAUACUUACUUUUUACAUGAUUGCCACCUUCUACUUACUUUUACUUGUAAUUCCCUUGCACCAUUCAUACAUUUCCACCUUGACCUAGACCUGGCUUCCACGUCAUUCGUUUCUAAUUUUCUUUUUCCGAACUUUGUGGUGGUUUCUCUGUUCGAUCAUUUUUCUUCUGCCUUUGCUCCUAAACGACGACAGCGAAAUGGAUGCGAUUCAUAUUGCCUUCGUAGACGGCGUCCGAAUAUUCUGGGGUCCCGUUGCCUGAAGAUCCGACCUGGACCGGUAGUUGCCUGACGACGACGAGUCACGACUUUGCCUGAAGUAGAUCAUCCUCAUCGAGAAUACGUUAUGAAAAUGAGACCAGCACGAUUCUUGUGCAGACGAAUUGCAAGAGCUAGGAAAUACUUAUCUUGAAGAACUGUCAUUUUUAUUGCGCUAUGUAUCGUUUAUCCUCCUCGACGUCGAAUAUCUUUGCAGCGGUGGAUUCUCGUGCUGGUCGUGAUUAUCAAGAAUAUUUUCAUCGGUUCGUCGUCCUCCUCGUUUGAUAUUUUCCAUUUUGCUUCGUCGUUGUACUGAAAGCAGGACAAGAAAACCACAAGAAAAAUCAUCUACCAGCAAUGGCCCAGCAUGAUAGAAGAAUUUACCUAGAAGCGAUUUAAAAGAAGCGAGCUGAUAUUCUCAGGAAGCGGUCUCGUUCAGUUCUUCUGUAUAUUAGAGUUUCGAAAGAGCAAUCCCUUCAUGCAUCUUCUUGUUGUUCACCCCAACAUUUUCAUGAAAAGCAAGAAGAACGUACAUGGACACGAGUUCAAACAAAGAAGGAGAGUGACAGGACUGGCACGACAGGGGAAGCUUGGUGGCUCUAUCUCUAUCAACAACGACCAUCCCGGAGCACAGGCGCGUCUUGUAGCUAUCUCCAUCAACAGGCGCGUGUAGCUAUCGUCAUCAACAGCGGGAGUCGCAGUCGUCCUCUUGUUCGUUUAACGAAAUAACGAACCGAUCAUUAGAAGACGUAGCAGCCUGCAGCUGCAGGCUCAGGUUCAUCUCCGUGGUUCUACUUCUCCCUCCAAAGACAUCGGUACCAAAGCUGAAAAAUCCUCGCCAUGCCGUCUUCAACUCCUUCCUCUGGCGGAAUGCUGAGCCUGAGGUCAUCGAGUACCAAAGGCCUGGCCAUUCCAGAAAGGACGACCUCACCAAG